AUGUUUGUCUACCUGAGCAAAAAGAUUUCUACACCAAACAAUUCACAAAUACAAUGCGUGUCUUGGAUGAAAACUCUCGGAUUCAUUGCAACUGGAGGAGAGCAAGGAUUUCUUAAAGUCUUGAAAUUACCACCUAACGAAGUAAAUCGCUACGGUCAGCAAUCCUCUUCUAGCCGUUCCUCAACAAAUUUGACUGUAAAUCAAAACUUAAAUGGUCACAAAGGGAAUGUGUUGAUAGCAGAAUGGAAUGAAUUUUAUCAUAAAUUGACCACUAGUGAUAGUAAUGGGUUAAUUGUUCUGUGGUUGGUUCAAAAUGAUAACUGGUUCGAAGAAAUGAUUAAUAAUCGGAAUAAAUCAGCUGUGAUUGGCAUGGCAUGGAGUCACGAUGGACAUAAAAUUGUCAUUGCUUAUAAAGAUGGACAAACCAUUGUUGGAUCUGUUGAGGGAAAUCGUUUAUGGAGCAGAAAUAUUGCCAAUGAUUUAUUAGCAGUUUGCUGGUCAAGGGAUUCAUCAAUGCUAUAUUUUGGUCUGGAUGAUGGUGAAGUUCUUGCAUAUGAUGCAUCAGGCACAUUCAUUCAAAAAGUUCAUAUGGUUUGCUUGGAAAAAGACUUGCACCGUGAUACCAUUAUAUCUAUGAAUUGGUUUGUCCCAGUAUUUCGAUCUGAAGAACAUUCAGUUUUGAAACGAUCAGCUUCUAUCUCAAAUGACCGACCUAAGUUUCUUGUAGCGUACAGACAUGGCGUUAUACAAGUAAUGAGAAACGAGAAUGAUGCAAAUCCAGUAAUUAUCAAACUUCCAAAUAUGAUUCUGUGCAAAGCUAAAUGGUCUCCCGAUGGAUCAGUGAUUGCAAUCUGUGGUAUACUAACAGAUAAAAGUGGUCAAAAAUGUGUUAUCCAUUUCGCAUCUGCUUAUGGCGAGCCGUUGAGAAACUUGCAAAUACCAGGUCAGACAAUUACGGAUAUAUCAUGGGAAAGUGAAGGCUUACGUCUCUGCGCGGCGGUUGAUAGCCAUUUAUUUUUCGCAAAUAUUCGACCAAAUUAUAAAUGGGCAUACUGUAGUCAAACAAUCAUUUAUACAUAUGAAAAAGUAGAAAAUGCAGAACACUGUGUUGUUUUUUUUGAAACAAAACUUGAAGAAACUUUUUUAAAAUAUACAAAACAAGUACUUGCAAUCACUUCUUGUGGUGAGUAUUGUGUUUUGAUUACUCGUGCGCAGGAUCAAGUUAAUCAGUAUUUUAUGCAAAUUUGCAAUGGUAUUGGAACAACCCUUGAUUCAAAAUAUUUUAAUAUUGAGCCGAAAUAUGUUGCAAUGAAUGAAACACAAGUAGUAAUUGCUAACAACUUAUCAUUUACCACAUGGCAGUACAGUAUUCCAUAUGCUUCGAGUCAAGGAUACAACACGCAAUCCGAUGCUUCUAAUUCAUUUGAAAACACUGAGCAGCGAUUAGAAAGGAAGCAUUCAUACUUUUUAGCAUUCCGUGAUUCUGGUACAGUACAUCGUUAUGCAUUACCAGAUGUUACUUUUCAAUCAAGCUUUACUUUAAAUUGUCGUGUUGAAAAAGUGGAAUUAAAUUGUGCUGGAACACGAAUAGCUGUGCUUACAAAUGAAGGAUUGAAGCUGUAUAAACUAACUGAAAACAAUGCUGAAGGACUGAAUUUCGUACGACACGAUGCUUGGAAUAUGAAAUGGGACGAGGAAAAAGACGACUCAAUAGCAAUAAUGGAGAAAUCAAAGUUGUAUAUUGUACGGAAUACAGAAACGGAAGAACCGGUUGUAAAUGGCGGUUAUAUUUGCUGCUUCAGAAGUCUUAUUGUUCGUACCGUUCUUCUUGAUGAGAUAAUGCAAAAUCCCCAAACACCUCACAAAUCAUUCAUUAUUGAUGUGGAAAUUAAGGUAAAGUCUAAUUUGUCCGCAUUUAAAUUUCAGUCAUUCCGACAUGUGAAAAAUCUUUUGGAUAACAUGAAAAUUCAUGAAGCUACAGCAUUUAUUGAAAAAAGCAAUCAUCCAAAAUUAUGGGCUUUAUUAGCUGAAGUAGCAUUGAACAGACUUGACACAGCGGUUGCUGAACAUGCUUAUGUAAUGCUUAAAGAUUAUGCUGGGAUUCAGCUUAUCAAAAGGAUAAACGCUUUACAGAGUGAUGAGCUCAAAAAAGCUGAAGUCGCUGCAUUUUAUGGGCGUAUUGAUGAAGCAGAAAAGAUUUAUAUCGAAAACGAUAGAUUUGAUUUAGCAAUUGCUUUACGAGAAAAAAUGAACGAUUGGUUUCAAAUAAGUGACAUGUUGCAGAAAAAUAAUCAGCCAAACGAUGAAUUACUACGAAAGGCGUGGAAUAACAUUGGUGAUUAUUACGUGGAAAGACAGAAAUGGAAAGAAGCUGAAAGUUAUUACGAGAAAGCAGAAAAUUACGCACAACUUAUUCCUUGUUAUCUGAUGAAUGAUGAAUAUGAAAAAUUAGAGCAGAUGGCUAAGCAAUUACCUGAUAAUCAUGAGCUGCUUGUGGAAAUCGGUGAACUUUUUCUGGAUGCUGGCUUGUGUGAAGAAGCUGUACAAUGUUUUAUUAAGUGGGAAUAUGCAGUAGAACUCUCCAAAACACACAACCUUCGGGAUAUAGAUACUUUACUCAACCGCUAUGUCGAACAGUUCAAAGGAAACAAUGAGAGGACAUUAGCUGUUGUACAAUUGUAUAAGAAAGCUGGGAAGUAUCUGCAGGCUGCUCGGAUGAUUUUUGACAUUGCAAGUAAUGAACGUAAAAAGCACGCAGAAGCUUUACGCAUGAAAAAACUUUACGUGCUUGGUGCUCUUCUAGUUGAACAAUAUCAUAAACAGAGUAAAGCAGAAGUUGCCAGAGAUUCACAUAAUAAAUCUGAAGCUGAGAUAGCUCUGAAAGGAUUACUGGAAGAAGAUUCUAAACUUUCGCUCAGUGAUAGCAUACUUAUCGAUAAUGCAUGGCGAGGAGCUGAAGCGUAUCAUUUUUAUAUGCUUUCUCAGCGGCAACUUUACGAAGGUGAUGUUGACAGAGCAAUGACAACAGCAUUACUUCUGACUGAUUAUGAAGAUUUCAUCGAACCUGUAGAAAUUUAUUCUCUUCUCGCUUUAUCAAGUUGCGUUGCAAGACAAUUUGGAGUUUGUAGUCGUGCAUUUAUCAAACUUGAAAGUUUGGAUUCAUUCACUGCGGACGAGAAGAAAGCUUAUCAGAAACUGGCUUUAAAUAUUUACACGAAAUAUCCGCCCGAAGAUACAAGAGUAAACCACGUGUUAUGCACUGAGUGCAAUUCACAGAUACCAGACUUUUGCUCAAUAUGUCCAGUUUGUGAGUUCAAAUUUUCAAGAUGUAUUGCUUCUGGCCGUCCCAUUCUCGAUUACCAAUUUUGGCUCUGUUCAACUUGCAAACAUCGCGCAUAUCAGAAAGAAAUGGACACACGGAAGUUUUGUCCAUUAUGUCAUGAAGGGAUAUAA